AUGAAGCGUCUUCAACGAUUAUCAUUGUUUGUAAUGUUGCUAUUAUAUUCAUCUAAUGCAUGCAUAGCUUUGGAUUGUAAACUAAAUGAACAAGCCAGUUCCCAUAAAGUCGCGUACACCAUUACUGUAUCUCUUUCUGGUAGAGAAAACUUCACAAAAAUUCAGAAAGCCAUUGAAUUCGUUACUUCUGGCAACAUUCACUGGAUACGCAUCCAAAUUUAUCCUGGAAUAUAUAAGGAGAAAGUUACAAUCCCAGUGGAAAAAUCUUGCAUUUUCCUUCAAGGAGCCGGCAACAAAUUAACUCGCAUUGAAUGGGGUGACCAUGAAAGCACAGAUACUAGCGCUACUUUCACUUCAUUUCCGAACAACAUCGUUGCUGAAGGCAUUACGUUCAAGAAUACCUAUAAUGUACCUUCAUUAAGCAUAGAGAACACCCCGAUUAAACAAGCUGUGGCAGCCAGAAUAUAUGGGGAUAAGUCAGCUUUCUAUCGCUGUGUUUUUGUUGGGCUGCAAGAUACAUUGUGGGACUCAACAGGACGCCAUUACUUCUACCAAUGUCACAUUGGAGGUGCAAUAGAUUUCAUCUUUGGCAAUGGCCAAUCUAUGUAUGAGAAAUGUGUGAUAAAUGUUACAGUAGGAAUAUGGUCCAGAAUAGGUUAUGGCUAUAUAAUAGCACAGGGGAGGAACUCCUCGAGCGAUCCCUCUGGCUUUGUGUUUAAAGCCUGUGUAUUUACUGGGUCUGGUAAAGCUUAUCUUGGGAGAGCUUACGGAGAAUAUUCAAGGGUUAUCAUUAUUAACUCAAUGCUGUCAGAUGUAGUGAUACCAGAAGGUUGGGAUGCUUGGUCCUACGUUAGCCAUGAAGAAAAUAUUGAAUAUGUGGAAGCAGGUUGCAGAGGAGCUGGUGCAGACACUUCCAAGCGCGUGCCAUGGGAAAAGAAACCUUCUGCUGUUAAUAUGAGCCAGUUUGAAACAAUUUCAUACGUAGACCAAGAUGGGUGGAUUGCCAAAUCCCCAGAGAACUAA